AUUUAAAGCAGUGACGAGUCAAGUUUGUAAUGGCUCAGCCUUUUCUCACUGGCCGCGCACGAGUCGGCUUCCACCUAGGCGCCACUCACUCGCACGCCGCCACGACCCAUCGAGAUAACUAAUUCCCGCGAGCCCAUCCUUAAUGGCAUUUCUUGGCUCUCGCCAUCUCUCCUUCUCGUUUGCCGGAUUUUCUGUCCUCCACCGCCGCCUUCCCUUCCCCUCCACCGCUCGUCGGAAAAUCCUUCGCUGCAUACGGAUCUUCUCCAUGGAGGAAUCGAGCAAAGCGGCUAGGAGAUACACCAACCGCCUUGCCUCCGAGCACAGCCCUUACCUUCUUCAACAUGCACACAAUCCGGUUGACUGGUACCCAUGGGGGGAUGAAGCUUUUGAGAAAGCUCGCAGAAGAGCUGUUCCUAUUUUUCUAUCUAUUGGGUAUAGCACAUGCCACUGGUGUCAUGUUAUGGAAGUAGAGUCAUUUGAGAAUGACGAAAUUGCAAGAAUGCUAAAUGAGUGGUUUGUUAGCAUCAAGGUGGAUCGCGAGGAGCGGCCAGAUGUUGACAAGGAGAAGUCUUUGGCGAACUACCGGGAGGGAUUUGAGCAUCUGGCCAGCAGGGUAGAGCGCUUGUCCUAUACUGUGUUGGAGGGGAACUUCAUGAAGGGGUUAAAGACAGAGAUUAGAGCAGCAGUGAAGGUCCUGCUGCCCAGGGAUCUGGGGGAGACCAUGAAGCUUGCACAAUUGGUCGAAAAUCAAAAAAAUUUGGAGAAGAGAGCUAGGAAUAGCAGCUCAGGAGGCACUUACAGGUGGACGACUACUCACCUAGCCUCUAAGGGAGCGUCCACAGGAGGGAUGAAAGAAGUCUCGAAAGAAAAAGCAACAGGAGGAGGAAAUGGGGGGCAAUUCAAGAAGUUUACUGAGAAGGAAAUGCAAUAG